UUUAAUGACAGUGGUGGCUAAUGUCUAGUUGUGCAAAGAUGAAAGUGGCCGCUAUAGGUACCUACAGCAUUUUUUGGGCAUCAAACUGCAGCAUCUAUUUAAAAAAAAACUUUAGUUGCUAUGGUAAUUUUAGUAAGGCUUGUGGUUCCGCUCCAUGAGCCAAUGUGCAAUCAGGAUCCCGCCCACUUCAGGCAUCAACCAAUGGAAUGACAAAGAUUAGAAACGACUGAAUUGAAGGACCAAUCAGAAACAGAGGAGUAACACGCUACUCCACACUGUCCACUGACGCCGUCUAGUCUACUACUGCUGAAAUAUUGACGGAGGAACGCUAACCAAAAUGUUUCUUCGCGCCUUAGAAAUCAUAUAUUUCUUUUACUUUUUGUCCCACAUGCCAAUCACUCUCAUGGUUGAUCUUCAACCUUUAAUUCCUGAACAUCUGUAUCCAUCCGAGCUGAAAAACCUAUUGCAGUGGUAUGCUGCUGAAUUCAAGGAUCCGAUGAUGAUGGACCCGCCUGUGUGGUUCAGAUCUUUUGUAUUCUGCGAGGCUCUCGUGCAGCUGCCCUUUUUCCCAAUUGCUGCAUACGCCUUCAUGAAGGGUGGCUGCAAAUGGAUCAGGACUCCAGCAAUCAUUUAUUCUGUUCAUGUGGCCACCACUCUAAUCCCCAUUUUAAGCCACGUCCUUUUUUAUAACUUUCCACUGGCGCCACAUCCGGGACCCCAAACUCUGAAAGAACGUCUGACCCUGGUGUCCAUUUAUGCUCCAUACCUCAUCAUCCCUGUCAUGAUACUGCUUACCAUGCUCUUCAGCUCAACAUACAACUCAACCUCUCUGAAAGGAAACGCUUCCUCAAAGUCCAAGAAACAAAGAUAGAUGCCGUUCAUCCCUUCCACACAUUCCUCUUAUGAUGAGCGUAUGUAUUAAUUAUAGUUGUUGCUAGUAAUUAAAUGUGAUUAAAUAUUUGAAUACAUGCCAGAAUAUUUGAUAAUUGUAUGUAGCUUUUGCUCUAUUUCAAGUUUAAGCAAGUUUUUGACAUCAUAUAAUUGUUUACUGAUGACAACACAUGUAAAUGCAAAAUAUAUUUUUAUUCAAAUGUUCUUCAAAUCUCUAUGAAGUUUGUCGCAUAUUGAGGUUACACACUUGAUGAUCUAAACGGUAAAUGUAAACAAACAAUAAAUGAAUUUUAAAUAGUAUUCCCUAACUACAGAAAAUAUUUUGGUUGUGGUCCCAUGAGCAGACAAUAAAAAUGCCAUGAGCAUAUGAGAAAAUAAAACCGGAUGAGUUCCAGUCACAAACAGCAGUUAAAAUACAAAUCAUACAGAAAAGAAACCAUUUCCCU